AUGCGCGCGGCCGCGCUCGACGCGGCGCUCCCCGACGUCCGACGCGUCCUCGCGUUGAACGCCGUCGUCGCGCGCCGGCGACUGACGCUCGAGCGCGGGAAGGUCUUCGCGCGGCUGAAAGAGGUGAUACCGAUCGCCGCGGUCGGCGACGUGCCGGGCGGCGGCGGGGGGGACGGGCGCGGACGACGGGGAAGACGGAACGUCAACCGUCGCGACGCCGCCGCCGCCGCGGCAACCGCGGAAACCGCGCCGACGGCGAUUCGCGUCGCGAGCGCGCUGCGCGUCCCGGACCCAGGCGACGCUCGCCCGCUGCGCGACCACGUCGAGCUCGCCGCCGGCCUCGGCGCGCUGCUUCGGUUCGUCGACCUCGCGGCGUCGUACGCGUGCGCGCCGACGUUACACCGCGGGACGGCGCGCGGCGCGUCGAGGAGCGAGGUGUGGACGGCGCGGUCGUUCUGGGACGACGAGCCGAUCGCGAUCGACGGACGCCGGGACAAGCUGCCGCUGUAUCUGCGGCGAGAGGCGGCGGUCGCGCGAGAGGCCGAGGCCGGCGGCGGCGGCGGGAAGCCGGUGGGGAUGGACGCGCGAGGGAGCGGGAGCGGCGGCGCGAGGCACGGGACCGGGGGGGGUCCCCGUCCCCGGGGGGGCGCGGUCGUCGGCGUCGGCGUCGGCGUCGGCGUCGGCGCGGCGGCGCGCGGAGUGCGCGAAUCCCUCGCCGCCGUCGCGGAGAAACUCUCGAGCCGCGUCCUCCUCCGCGCGGGCGCGGGCGCGGCGCCUCCCCGGUCGAUGGACGUCCCCGCGCCGGCGACGCCGCCGGUGACGGACGUCGAGGACGCGGUGUUCUACGCCAGCCCGGAGGACGCCGCCGCUGCCGCCGCCGCCGCGCGCGCGCGCGCGGAGCUCCACCGUGGGAUCGCGCUCGUGCGUCGCUCCGCCGCGUGCGUCGCCUCGGAGAUGGCGCGCGGGUUCGAGAUCGAGGUGCCGGACGAGUGGGGUCCGUUCGCGUCGCUCGCGUACGUCGUCUCCGUCGCCGCGCGGACGCGCGCCGACGGCGAAGCGACGGCGGCGGCGGCGGCGACGGCGGCGGUGGCGGCGGCGACGCGAGGCGAUUCCGGGCGCGACGACGCGAAAUCUCGGCGCGGGGCGCGCGGACGCGACGGGGACGGCGCGCGCGGCGGCGCGGACGGCCGAGAGAGGGAGAAGUUAGGAGACGUGGACGUGGACGUGGACAUGGAGAAUAAAACGCACGCGCGAGGGGGGUUACACGCGUGGGGCGACGCCGCGUCGGCGUCGGCGACGCGUCUCCUCGGCGCGAUCCGAUCUCCGGCGCUCGCGCGCGCGACGCAUCUCGUCGGCGCGAGCUUGAUGCACUCGUUCGCGGCGUCGCACGUGCCGGCGCGCGCGCCGGGGUCGGUCUCGGGAUCGGGCGGCUCGCGCGGCGCGCCGCCGCCGCCGCCGACGACGACGACGACGGCGGCCAGUUCGUCGAACGACGACGAGGGGUGGGCGUCGGGGUCGUGGACGCUCGUCGACGCGAUGGGGGAGAAACGGCCGGAGGCGGCGGGGAGGGGCGACGUCUCGUCGUUCCGCGCGCCGGGGACGCCGCCGAUGCGCGGGGAGGGGUGA